CCAGCUCACACUUCACAGCUCCUCUAGCUCUCACACACUGUCACGGACACCACCAGCCGGCAAAAUCCUGCUGACGCGUGUUCUGCUCCGGACACCGGAGUCAUAUCACCUAGUGCGGUCAUGGCGAAUUCCACGGUGCCCCCACCGCUGCAUCGCCUGGUUCUCUCGUCUGUCCUGCUGCUUCUUCUCCUCCUUGCUUCUAGGCAAGCCGAGGGCCAUGCCAUGCCACGUCGAGGCACUUCGCUGAGAUCUCAAGCCAGGGCACUUCUCCGCUGGAAAUCAUCUGUCACGUACUCAUCCAAACACCAGCUUGGAACCUGGAGAGAUGACGGCAUGUACCCGUGCAACUGGACCGGCAUCACCUGCGGCGACACUCGGUCACGCGGAGGAACCACAGCUAAGGUCAUCCGAGGGAUUUCCCUUGGUGGCGCUGGCCUUGUAGGACAACUCGACGCACUGAGAUUCCAGUCACUCCCAUACCUCGUCAACCUCGACCUCAGCAAUAACUUCCAUCUCUCUGGUGCCAUCCCUCCUGGCAUCAGUUCUCUGUCCAUGCUUUCCAGCCUCAACUUCUCCGGUGAUCAGCUUGGUGCGCAAAUACCUGAAUCAAUUUGCAACCUGGCGAGGCUCACACACAUUGACCUCUCGUUCAACAAUCUGACCGGCCAAAUCCCUCCUGCCUUGGCUAAUCUCUCAAGACUUGUUUUUCUUUAUAUGAAUGGGAAUAGGCUCUCAGGUAACAUACCAUGGCAUCUCGGACAGCUUCAAAACAUAAGGAAGAUGGAAUUGAGUUACAAUAUCCUCUCUGGCCAAAUACCUUCCUCCCUUACAAACCUAACGAAUCUCUACUAUCUUGGCCUCUGUGGAAAUCGUCUGUCAGGACCCAUACCUGAAGCGCUAGGACAAGUCCAAAAUCUACAAGAACUAUACUUGCACAAAAACAAUCUGGACGGCACAAUUCCGCCCUCCCUCGGAAACCUCACAAUGCUCAAGGUCAUGUACAUAUAUAUAAAUCAGCUCACUGGUCCGAUCCGGGUAGAGCUUGCGAGGAUCUCGAGCUUGACUGAGCUGGAUUUUUCAGAGAAUCGUUUGACCGGCUCCAUUCCUUCUAGUGUUGCUGGAAAUCUUACUUUGAUGACCUUUUUUUCUGUUUGGAGUAACCUCCUUACUGGAUCCAUCCCUCAUGAGUUUGGAAAACUCGUGAAUCUGGAAAAACUCUACCUCACAGAAAAUUUCAUAGCGGGAUCAGUACCGCCAAGUUUAGGGAACAUUUCUUCACUUCGUCAAAUAGCAAUAAAUAGCAAUAUUCUCUCUGGGGAAUUGCCGACUGAGUUUGAAAAUCUGGCAAAUUUAGAAUUACUUCACGUCUAUGAAAACCAAUUGUCCGGCUCAAUCCCUCAGAGUUUUGGAAGACUGGUGAGAAUGACAGAUAUGCGACUAUUCAUGAACCAGCUCUCCGGACCUAUUCCUUCGGUACUCUCCAACCUUACCAAUUUGGUCAUCAUUGCACUGAAUGACAACUAUUUGAUUGGGCGCUUGCCAGAUUUGUGCCAAAGUAAAAAACUACAGAUUUUUCGAGUUUUUAAGAACAGUCUGGAUGGUCCUGUUCCCAAAGGUUUGAGGGAUUGCAGUUCACUAACAUCCCUCGAAAUCAGCCAUAAUCAGAUUGAGGGAGACAUAUCUGAAGCAUUUGGGGUGUAUCCACAUCUCAUUGAUAUCAAUUUAUCUUCAAACCGGUUUGCAGGCCAGCUCUCGCCAAAGUGGGGCUCAUGUCAAAACUUGACAAGUAUUAGUUUUGCAAACAACAUGAUAGAAGGCAAUAUACCUUCUGAGCUUGGGGAGCUAGAAAAUCUUGGAAGGCUCCUACUUCAUUCCAAUAGGUUGACCGGUGAGAUACCACCAGAAAUUGGCAAUUUGAUGAGCAUGUACUGGAUGAAUUUAAGAAACAAUCAACUAUUUGGCCCGAUUCCUAAGCAAAUUGGGCAGCUUAGCAAUCUUGAGAUUAUUUAUUUGUCAGACAACCUAUUGAGUGGUAAAAUACCAAAAGAGAUUGGAAAUUGUGUGAAACUACAGUUAUUACAAAUGGAUAACAACAACCUUAGUGGAAAUCUGCCGGUUAAUUUGGGACAUUUAACUUCCCUGCAAAGCAUGCUUGAUCUUAGUAUGAAUAGUCUCAGUGGACCAAUACCACCAGAACUUAGCAAGCUAGUGUUGUUGAUGUUUGUAAACUUCUCACACAAUCAAUUCAGUGGUGCCAUCCCUGUCUCACUUGCAAGCAUGCAAAGCUUAUCAGUGUUUGAUGUAUCAUACAACUUCCUAGAAGGUUCUGUACCAAAAGGGUUCCACAAUGCAUCCGCUGAAUGGUUUCUCCACAACAAUGGUCUUUGUGGAGACCUUGUUGGUUUGUCUCCUUGUGAUUUUCCCCUAGUUGAUCAUAGGCAAAAGCAUCAAAAUUUCAUACUAUUGGCCGGUCUUCCUAUGUUUGUCACUACUAUUGCAAUAGCAGUUGGUGUAAUUGCUUGUUUUGUUUGCCGCAAGGAAGUAUCCAAACAAUCUGAUGACAUGAACAAAAGGGAUGUGUUCUCUGUUUGGAACUUUGAUGGUAGAAUGGCAUUUGAGGAUAUUAUCAAUGCAACUGAAAAUUUUGAUGAGAAGCAUUGCAUUGGAGAAGGAUCAUAUGGUCGUGUUUAUAAAGCAGAACUUCAAGAUGAACAAGUGGUUGCAGUAAAAAAACUCCAUGCAGGAAAUGAUGAGGCACAUGAUGAAGAAAGAUUCCAGCACGAGAUUGAAAUGCUAACAAAAAUUCGCCAACGCAGCAUAGUAAAGUUAUAUGGAUAUUGUUCACAUCCAGGGUACCGAUUCCUUGUAUGCCAGUUUAUAGCUAAAGGAAAUCUAGCUUCUAUCUUAGGCAAUGAAGAACAAGCAGUCCAGUUCCACUGGCAAAGAAGGAUAACUCUUAUAAGAGAUGUGGCUCAAGCAAUCACUUAUCUUCAUCAUGAUGUUCAGCCACCCAUAAUUCAUCGAGACAUCACAAGCAGAAACAUCUUGCUAGAUGUUGACUACAAAGCAUUUGUCUCGGAUUUCGGUAUUGCAAGAAUGUUAAAACCGGAUUCAUCGAAUUGGAGUGCACUAGCAGGGACGUAUGGCUACAUAGCACCUGAAUUUUCCUACACAUCUGUAGUUACGGAGAAAUGUGACGUAUAUAGCUUUGGUGUUGUGGUGCUUGAGGUGCUGAUGGGCAAACAUCCAGGAGACGUGCAGAAUUUUCUUUCUUCGUUGGGUGACCAAUUUCUCCUGGAAGAAAUUUUGGAUAAACAACUUCCGCAACCUGAAACUGAUGAAGCAAAAGACGUGAAGCGGAGCAUCUCUGUGGCAUUUGACUGUCUGCUUCUUUCACCUAAAGAAAGGCCAAGUAUGCUGAAAGUUUACCGAGAUCUUGUUAUCUGAAGUUACAUGUUAAAAAUUGUAGAUAUAGCAUCUUUGGCUUGUUUAGUUCAGAAUAAACUUAGGCUACCUUAGUUGUCAACGCAUCUGUAAAAUAAUUACAGUAAUUCUAUUUUUGUUGGGCAUCAUAGAAUAUAUGGGCCAUGUAGCAAGUGUAACUCCUCUCCCAGCCGGACACAAUUGUGUGGAGAUGGACAACUCAGGUGUCUAGAGUUCAUGGGCGGCCACGCUGUUAGAGUUUGUAUAGCCUACGUAUUCUACAUGUUACGAUAUGUAACCGAGUCGGUAUUAUGUAAAGAGGUCUUUUAAGGUACAAUUUACUAGUCCUUAAUUUAAGGGAGUAUUCUGGGCAAUUCACAUGGUAGGAAAAUCAUGAC